GCACCAACCAAUAUACCACUUGAAUAAACGAACGGACGGUCGUGGAAAUCGGGAGGAGAGACCGAAUUCGACGCUCUUUUUAAGGCCGCAUUUCAUAUGCAGGCGGAGUCCCUUUCUCAUUCUUCUCUUCUCAAUUUCCCAUAAUUUUUUCCAACUCAACGACCCUCUCUCUCUCUCUCUCAUAGUCGGAAAAAGGCAAUAGAACAUGGCAGACUCUGAGGACAUCCAACCUCUUGUGUGCGACAAUGGAACCGGGAUGGUUAAGGCCGGGUUUGCCGGAGAUGAUGCUCCAAGGGCUGUUUUCCCCAGUAUAGUUGGCCGCCCACGUCACACUGGCGUGAUGGUUGGCAUGGGGCAGAAAGAUGCAUAUGUUGGGGAUGAGGCUCAGUCCAAGCGUGGUAUUUUAACGUUGAAGUACCCAAUUGAGCACGGUAUCGUGAGUAAUUGGGAUGACAUGGAGAAGAUCUGGCAUCACACCUUCUACAACGAGCUCCGUGUGGCUCCGGAAGAGCAUCCUGUUCUCCUUACCGAAGCGCCUCUUAAUCCAAAGGCCAAUCGCGAGAAGAUGACCCAAAUUAUGUUUGAAACCUUCAAUGCUCCUGCUAUGUAUGUCGCCAUACAGGCUGUCCUCUCUCUCUAUGCCAGUGGUCGUACAACCGGUAUUGUCCUAGAUUCUGGAGAUGGUGUAAGCCACACAGUUCCCAUUUACGAAGGCUAUGCACUUCCACACGCUAUCCUGCGUCUUGACCUCGCAGGCCGUGACCUCACUGAUGCCCUGAUGAAAAUACUAACCGAGCGUGGCUAUUCAUUCACCACAACUGCUGAGCGCGAAAUCGUGAGGGAUGUGAAGGAGAAGUUGGCAUACAUCGCCCUCGAUUACGAACAGGAAUUAGAGACUUCCAAGACAAACUCGUCUGUUGAAAAGAGCUACGAAUUACCCGAUGGGCAGGUAAUCACCAUCGGAGCGGAGCGUUUCCGGUGUCCAGAAGUCCUUUUCCAACCGUCUAUGAUUGGAAUGGAAGCUGCUGGGAUUCACGAGACCACUUACAACUCGAUAAUGAAAUGCGACGUUGAUAUCAGAAAGGAUCUCUACGGAAACAUAGUAUUGAGUGGUGGCUCCACCAUGUUUCCGGGCAUUGCGGACAGAAUGAGCAAGGAAAUCACAGCUUUAGCUCCUAGCAGUAUGAAAAUCAAAGUGGUGGCUCCGCCUGAAAGGAAAUACAGCGUUUGGAUUGGAGGUUCCAUCUUGGCUUCUCUCGGUACUUUCCAGCAGAUGUGGAUAUCAAAGGCAGAAUAUGAUGAGUCCGGCCCUUCGAUUGUACACAGAAAAUGCUUCUGAGCACGAGCGAGAAGAAAGAGGAUAUCUCGACGGGGUCUUUUAUUGCUCCGUCGUGGAAAGAAAAACGUUGCCUGCGCGCACUCUCUCUCGUUCUUUCGUUCAAUGCUUGUUUGAGCCUCCGUUAUUCUUGUAUCGUGGAAAGAUUUUGAAUUAUAUCAGUGUUGUGUUCCUUCUUAGCACAAAAGAAAUGUUUGUUCUCCCUCAAACACUUGACGAAUCACGAAUGCUUCUGUCAUUUUGUUAUAGAAUGAUCUUGUCGUGUAUUUGUAACCAUAAUAAGGUUUAAUUCAAAUGUAUCAUUUUCAUUUUCUAACAGAGAUGACAAACAAACUUCUGU